UACAAAUGGCGACUAACGGUUUGGAUCGGUGGCACAACACUGAUUUGUUUACCUGUUGAUGCUUGUGAUAUGGAUUUAAUGUCUGAGUCAACGAUGUAUAGGAUAUUGAAGUAGACAUUGUAAGUCAUUUCCAGGAGGAAAUCGCAAAAUAGUAAAUGACUGAGUCACAUCCUGAAUUGAGGCAGACUUCAUAGUGUGAUAGACCAACAUUCCAAGAUGUCGAUGCGUACAAAGAUCCGUGGGUUUACUGCCUGGGUGAACCUUCGCACCAUGUCCAACAACAGUCUGCUGAACAACGUUCUGAUGGACUUGCUGACAGGCACACACAUGAAGUACCUCAUAGAGAGCAUUACUGGCAGGGACUUCAAGAGGCUGGAGAGUUUUGAUGGGUUGAGUCAGCAGCAGAAACAGACCCGUGUGGAGUGGGUCUUGGAGGAACUGAAGCGAUGUAAUGUCAUCCCCAUUGACACCUACGUGGAUGCCAGAAUGUUUGCCAUGCGGAGUGCAGAUCACGUGUUUGAGAUGCUAUGGCGACUGGUGAGUCAUGACAUCUGGUUUGUGUGGGAGAGAGCUGAGUACCUUCAACAUGAUGACCGUGACAUCCUCACACAGGUGCCCUUCAAAUGGACUCCAGAGCCUCCCCCAAAGAAGAAGAAGAAAACAAAACUGAGAAAGUCUCUGCUCAGCGGUUUUGGGUCAGCAUCGAUGGUGGAGGAGAAGAUAGAGGGGGCUGAUGUGCCAGACGAGCAGUGGGUGAAGUACCCCAACUCUGAUUUCAUGAAGAACUUCAAGAGGAAGAGGACGGCAGGCAGAUACCCCAACUCGGAUAAGUGCAUCCUGGAACUUGUCAAUGCUCAACUUAAAAAAAGUAAAGAAGGAAGCAAUCUGUUUUGUUAUAGCGUGGAUGAUCUAGUCGACAGCCGAGUGCUGUGCAUCCUCAUCAACUCCUAUGUACCCAACACCUUCACCACAGACCUGCUGCUCAAUGACAGAUGGACAAUCAAUACAGCCUUGAGAGCAGGGGAGAAGAUGUUCAAGUUUGAAACACCAUUUGACUCUGAAGACUUGGUAGAAGCUGAGCCCAUGGCGGUGUGCUCCUACUUCUGUACAUUCUUCAUGCUGGCGUACAAGUACCGGCAGUGCAAGGCGGUCAUCGACAGAGUGAACUGGAUCAACCAGCUGAUCCGUGAGUGUAACCACGAGAUGGAGAAGUUCCCUGCCAGCGUGUCCAACAUGGCCGACCUGCAGAAGAGGAUGGGCUUGAAGGCUAACAUUGAGGCACACCAGGAAGCGGUGCAGAAGACACUGCGGCGCUAUGACAUGCAGUACUGUAAGGAUCUAGUGCAGCAUGUGGCCGAUGUCCGACUACAGAUUCACAAGGAGAUACGAGAACAGAUCCGUCACAGAUUCGACAAGCUCACCAUUCCCCGCAACAUCACCAUCAACGACCUCUGUCUCUCCUACGUCAUCAACCUGACUCUCACAAAUGGUUCCGGGUUCUACAUGAUUGAACAGAAGGAGCUGCUCACCGAGGGUCGGAGACUGGUGCUCAGGAACAAGGAGACUGGGGAGUUUAUUGAUGACUUCACCAGUAAAAACAAGGAGUCUGUCAAGAAGUUUCUGCGUCUUCCUGACCUGAAUGUGGUGGAGAUAGAUCCUGCCAAGUACCCUAAGUACGAGUUCUACCUGGAGGCCCCGAGUCGCAAUAAGCAGCUGAAGGCAGGAACGGUGUUCCUAUACCAGGUGUUCCCCGGGAACACCAUCGCGUGGCAGAGGAUGUUCAUCCGGGCGGCCAAGGAUAAUGAGUAUGCCAUCGUGGAGAAGAUGAUCUCGUUCUUCAAGGGAACGCCUUCCUUCAUCAACUGCAGGGAACCGAAGACCGGGAACACAGCGCUUCACUGGGCCAGUCGCAAUGGCCAUUAUGACAUUGUGUAUCUGCUUUUGGAGAGUGGUGCCAACAUUGAUGCCAAGAACAACUUCCGGUGCACACCCCUCAACUCGGCAAUCGAAGGCCUGCACAGGAAAAUAUCCAAUCUGCUGAUUGAGUGGGGAUGUGACGUCCACUGUAAGAACAGCCGCGCUCAGAGUCCACUAGAGUGUGCCAAGAAUGAUGACUUCAGGAAAUUCCUUAUAGGACUCUACGACCACUACUCCACCGUGGUCCCCAAGAUCAUGAACGGAGAUGUGCAAGCGCUGGACGAGGCCAUCAAACAGCAUGUUACUGGAGAGAAGGAGUUUGUCAGUCUUACCAGCAGGUGCAUCAACGGCAGCACGCUGCUGCACACCGCAGCAUACUAUGGCCAUCUGGAUGCAGUGAAGGAGCUGCUGCAGCACCGCGUGGACAUCAACCUCCAGGACUACAAGGGUGCCACGCCCCUCCACCGCGCCAAGGACCAGGACACCAUACAGCUGCUGCUGGAGCACGGAGCUGUCAUCAACGCCGAGGAUGCAGAGGGCAACACUCCGCUACACGUCAAGUGUUACGGGGAGUCUGAGAAGCCCACGGAGCUUGGCUGUAUCGAGACGCUGCUCACCAAGGAAGCGAAUCAGAUCAAGAGGAACAACAGAGGUCUCCUGCCAAUCCACUGCUGCGCUAUGCAGGGACGUAUUGAUGCAAUGCAGAUGCUGCUACAGUUCGACACAUCGGGUCAGAUCACCAACACUCUCAACAACGAGGAGGACAGACAACCUCCCAGCCUUCUCCAUCUUGCCAUCGCCAACGACUUUGUCGAAUGUGCUCACUGGCUGAUGGAAAGUGGCUUUGUGUUCAAGGCGAAGGAGACAGACAUCUUGAUGAGGAGGAUCUUGACAGAGCAGAUCAAAAUUAACAGUCGAGCCGAUGCUGUCAAGUUUCUCCUGGAGUGUGGUGCUGAUCCCAACCCUCGCUACCCCGGGGGGAACAGUGCCCUGCACUAUGCUGCGAGUCUGACUGGUCCCACUGAUGUCCUGGAGAUGCUGCUGUCGUUUGGCGCCGACGUUGACCAAACCAACAAUGAGGGCAGUACACCUCUGUUCUUUGCAACACAUGGCAACAACCAGUUUGCCGCCUGUGUCCUCAUUGGUCAGGGAGCCAAUGUCCGACAGAAAAAUAUACAAGGGCUGUCCGCAUUUGACAACAUUGUAGACUUUGAGGAGUGGAUCGAGUCUGGCUACUUCACUGAUGAUAUCAGGGCAAGACUUCAAGCCUUCAGUCUGAAACACGCGAGGGACCUGAUCCGAGCGAUCUCCAAGCGAGUGAAGCCCAAUCCAGUGAUGAUGGCUCGCCAGGACCUCGCCCGGUCAGCUGCGUUGAUGUCCCAAGUGUCCAGCAGUCCCAUAGCCUGGACACGGUCCCAAAUCUCCAUCCCAUCUGCCGGGUCCCAGAGAAGCCUUCUCCCACCCAUCACGCCUGCCAUCACCUUCUAGACAUUACAUGGGUUCAUACAGUUGCCAUGGUUACACAUAGUUGCCAUGGUUACAAGCAGUUAAGCAUUGAUGAGUGAUGAUUCUUUGUACUACACUGAGCAAGGGGUAACUCUAAACUCAUGUUAGUGACUUGGCAAAAAGUAUAAUUAUGUCUUAUAGUUAUAAGAUGGCGAACCAGAAUUUACUUCAACAUUUAUACGGGGAAGAGGUCCAACACCAUCUUUCUGCCUUGAAAUGAGAAAUAGUUUCUUUUUAAGCUGACAGUCAUUUCAAUUGUUGAGUCCAUUCAUAUUGUUGAUAAAUAUAAUUUCUUGAUAAGCUAUGUGAUAUGGACAUUGUGUCUCAGACACAUGAUCUCUUCCGUUUCCAAGGGACCUGCACAAAUAACCGGUUCCAAAAAUGGAAUGGUAAAAUAAUUGCAGCUAUUGAAUGAAUAUGCAAACGAGAAAAUGAAUGACGAUGUGGAAGUAUAUUUAGUAUCCAUUGUAUGUCAAUAACAUUUUGUUCAUGUCUUUGUUUAUAUUAAUCGUUUGAUUAAUUUGAUGCCAUCAACGAUCAAUUUCUUAUCACGAUCAUCCUGGAUUGAUUUUGAUACAGUUCAGGGCCCCGUUCUACAAGUUGCUGCAGAGCUAUGUUGUUCACAACUCCUAUGCUUUGACACUGACUUUUGACAGUCCUCAUACUAAGAUGUUGUUUUAACCGGGGCCCUGUACUCGAUGUACCUGAUGUCUAAUGUCGACACUAUGACAGGGUUUUGUCCUCCACUAUGUACAUAUCCCACUGCCAACAUCUCUGUAUUCGGAGGUGUAUCAUGUAGAGUGGUCUGCUUGACGCCAUAUAUCCAGCAUUAGGAUAUAAAACAGUCAACAUUUGCUAAGGAUAAAAAUAGUCAUCUUUAGUCAAAGAUGUGAUCCUUUGCAAAUGUUGAGUAGAAUACCUAAUGGCUGUUUAUUUUGUAAGCACUCAUAUAUAUUAUGUAUAUCCUGCUUUGCUCAAUAAUGUGUGUAUAUCUGUAUGUACUUUGAAUAUUCAAUAAUUUUAUAAAUUAUAAACAAAUUUACAAUGAUUGUAUCAUUGAAUAUAAUAUAUUCAUUAUGAUGAACUAAUAUUGAUAUUAUAUUUUUACUAUAUAUGGAACAGGGCCAUAUACCAAGCCCAAAUACAUAUAUCAUUCCUUCUUGCCAAAUUUUACUUCUGAAUUACUUCAUACCAAAGAGUGUGCAUGUUUUAAAAUGGUUGCUUUCUGCUUGUGAAAGAAUGUUGCAUAAGAUUCAGUACGAAAUAAACUAGAAUAACAUUCCCAUCGAAAUCCUUUCAUUAAUCUGGGUGACUGGAAUUUUUCACCCAACAGACCUGGAUUUUUAACAAAAAAGUCUGUUAACUUAGAAAUAUUAAAGUCGAGGCAAAGACUAUUCCUGGUCAAUUAUGUUGAUGCAGUGGACUUCGAGCGAACCAGUUGAGUAGGGCAGUGUGUGAAGAUUGGAGAUUCAUAAAUAAUUUGGGAGGUGCUUAUCUAAAAUAAAACCAAGCACUGGUAACUUUUGGAUACCUGUACUCAUUUUUGGUCUAUCAGUUUCACAAUUGUUUUCAUGGGACCAACAUUGGUUUCAUUAUUUCCAGUUUAUUGAAUCAGUUCAAAUUAGUUGAAAUAUUUACUUCUGUGUUCAAGGUUGUUUUUUUACAUAUGCUAGGGGGCACGGGUGGCCCAGUUGUCUAAGGCGCAGCAAUUCGCUGUGCAGAGUUGCAUCCCUUGGGCAUACCAAACACCCCAAUUAUGUUCCUAGGUUUGUAAGA